CGUCGGUGUUAGAUAUCCUUUGUGCCGUACUCCACGUUUCAAUUUCCUAGAUAGCGAACUGAAGUUCAGUCCCACAGCAACACACCCAUAUAUAGAUUUGCGAUAUUAAAAGGGAAUUUCCGCUCAAAGCACCCUGAUCGAUUGGUGAACCUCAACUACCGUCAUCUACUCCAACCAGAUUAUUUUCAAGAUGACCACGCGCGUCUACCUUCCUAGACAAGAAACACUUUAUCAAACCACUGGGAUAGAUAGUCUCGUGACAUCUGUUGCUGCGUAUGUUCAAGCAGCAGAUGGGGCACACACGCCGAACAAAGUGGCAUUGAUGUAUCGCGCAUUUUGUGAGGCACUCAUACAAGAGAAUCUCUUGAAAUUGCAUCAAAUUCCCGCCAUUAAUAUCCAAUACCAAGGUAUUUCUUACGAGAUUUGUGUCAGGUCUGUAGAACAAAACGGGAAGUCCAGAAAACGUAAGCGGACAGCACUUGCAAAUCCCAUGUCAACUUCAUCUAAAGAAGCAGGAAAAAUUAGAGCAUUCAAACUUCUUGAGAUGCUGACAAAAUUAAUAAAGACGGGAAAUGCAAGAAAAAGCGGAGAGGCUGAUAAAUCCCUACGAAUAGAAGAAGGUCAAGAAAAAAGCGCAGGUGAACUUGUCAAGUUGCAUUUGGAGAAGCUGUCAACUGCAGAAAUCGACUUUUCUCAGGCUCGCGAGAAGGUAAGACUUGCGUACUUUUAUCUCGGCCAAGCAUAUGCUCAAUGGAUUUUCGAGCUCCUACCAACUCUUGAUGUUCCGGUAACGUCAAAGACAUUUCAUCGUGAGGCAUAUCCCAUUGUCCAAGCGCACUUACUCAAGCUUUGCAAGCAGUCGAAUGAAUCGUCCAUACUAAAGCGGCUCGAAAGGGCGAGAAAAUUUUUUCAUAUGGGAUCUCUCAUUGGAGUGGAAACAUUAGCUGAAUGCGAGGACUUGACCGUCAAAAGAAUGGACAAAAUCUCUAUGGAGUCGCUUUCCCUACUGGAGAAGCAUUGCAAAGAUGAACUGUCCAAGAUGAACAUCAAUGAGUCUUGAUUUGCUUUUAGGUCGCUCGUGCACUUUCUCGUGGUGUUGCAUGUUGUAAUUCAUCCUGAAAAAGUACGAAUAUGAUUUUCGUCUACAUUUCAACGUCUUUCAUAGUCUCCUUCUCCAUGAAUUCCUCACUGUACCUACUGUCUCUAAAGUUGAAGUCAGUCUUCCAACAAAGUACUUCUCGUCACUGAUUCCAUUUGCCACCCAUCAACCCCUGACCUUACUGACACAUGCCCCUGAUCUAGGAUAGCAAAUAUUAUCCGCACUCCUUUGCGGUGAAAGAUGAGAAGAUGCGAUUGUUGCACGGGAUGGUUAUAGAAGCUA